AAACCCAUUUCGAAUAAACCAGCACACACUUAUUUCUCUUUCAACUUGUUAAUACCACCCUAAUCGUUUUCUUCCACUAACAAUGGAACACAUAUACUGUGGAGAUCCCGAGCUAGUGAUUGAGCCUGACCACUAUUCAGGCGGAGUCCCUGUAUUCAAACCUACUUUUGCUCAGUUCAAGGACUUUUAUAAGUUCAAUAAAGCAAUAAACAAAUAUGGAAUGCAAUCGGGAAUUGUGAAAGUGAUACCACCUUUCGAAUGGGUCAAAUCGACUUCCGGUAGCUAUUCGAAGAAAAAUCUAGAUACAAUCAAAAUCAAGAACCCUAUCAUACAGCAUAUCAACAUGUCCGGUAAUGGAGUAUAUAACCAACAGAAUAUCGAAAGAGCAAGGACAUAUAACAUUUUUCAGUGGAAAGAUUUAUCAGAAAAGUCCAACCAUCAACCACCAGCUCCGAAAGGUAAGACAAGAAAAGAAUCUCCAAAUAAGAUGAAUCUAAGACCCCACAAAAGAACUCCCUCACACACAGAUUAUAAUAUCGACACUUCAGAAUUCACCACUGAGCGGUGUGAACAGCUUGAAAAUACUUAUUGGAAGUCCUUGACUUAUGCAGAACCCAUGUACGGAGCAGACUGUUUGGGAUCAGUCUUCAGUAAUCUGGUCAAAUCAUGGAAUGUCGCUCGUCUUCCCAAUCUUCUAGAUAUGAUGGAAGAAAAGUUACCAGGAGUUAAUGAUGCCUACUUAUAUGCUGGAUUAUGGAAAGCCACAUUUGCAUGGCAUUUGGAAGAUCAAGACUUAUAUUCUAUUAACUACUUACACUUUGGGGCUCCUAAGCAGUGGUAUUCAAUUCCACAAGAAGAGUCUGGAAGAUUUUUCGACUUGAUGAAAGAGACCUUCAGUGACGAGUACCGGAACUGCCCCGAGUUUUUGAGACAUAAGACAUUUUUGGUGUCACCCCAGUUUCUUGAAAAGUAUGGCAUAAAGUGUAAUAAGAUUGUCCAUAAUGAGAAAGAGUUCAUUAUUACCUAUCCCUUUGGUUACCACGCAGGCUUUAACUAUGGCUAUAACUUGGCCGAGUCUGUUAACUUUGCGCUAGAUGAUUGGUUUCCCUAUGGAGAAGACACAAAGAAAUGUGAGUGUAUUCUGGAUUCGGUGGGCAUCAAUGUCAAGCAGUUAUACUGUAAGUUUAAGGGUAUACCUUACGAAAUGCCAGACCUCACUAGUGAUGAUGGAGAUGAAGAUGAUGAACAUGAGGAUAUUGAUAAACAGGUUGAGCCUAAAAUGCCAAAAUCAAAGAAAGCUACAAGUUCUAAUCUGCCUCAUGAAACGAAGGAGUGCUAUUUGUGUCCUAAUAACUUGCCAAAGCAAUUGCUUGAAAAGUAUCAAUUCGAGCUUCUUCAAACCGAUUUUAAAGGCUACAAAGUGCAUAGGAUUUGCAGUUUGGUGUUUCCUAAAGAAUUGGAGAACCAGAACGAUAAAAUUGUGGGCUUGACCAAUAUUUCAAAAGCACAAAAAAGUUUGAAAUGCUUGACUUGUAGUCAGAAAGGGGUCGGAGCCUGCUUUCAAUGCAGUUAUGGUAAGUGCUAUAGAUCAUAUCACGCUACAUGUUCACUAAAAGAUGGAGCAAGCUUUGAUUUUGCCAAAAAUGAGUUCAUUUGCAAGUAUCACUAUCAGAAGUAUAAUGAUGGGCACAAAAUAAUACCCAGUGAUUUGAAGACCAGAAACCUUACUCAGUUUAAGGUGGGAAAUCACUAUACUUGUGGGUUCGUCAACACAAACAAUGUGAAUAAGGAAACCCUUAGGGUUCUGAUAUACCCUGAUAUGGAAGAAAUUAAGGAAUUUAAAUACGAUGAGAUUCUUAGUAUCGAUGGGCAUAUUAAGAUGGACACUUUCUUCCUCGCAGGAAAGACCAAACGGAAAGAGAGAGAACGCAAACCUAAAGAACACACACCAGUUGAUGACUAUGUUGUUACUGGAUUGAAUGAAAACAAUUUGGAUCUUAGGAUGCAAGAGAACUUCAUAGUGGAGACCGUCAAUAAUGAUUUCCCAUCUUGUAAGUUCAAGGAAUUGUGGUACAACUUACCAGAAUUCUCUAAUGAUGUGGCUGACAGGUACACAAGUGAUAUAAAGAAUAACUAUCCUAAUGAUCCGUUCUUCCUCAAACAGAUGAAACGAAAGAAAAGAGAAAGCCUAACGAACCCAAACCCCAACUCUAAUCCAGAUACCAGUUAUAUUUCCUAUUCCCCCAGCAGCGUACCUUCUAUGGCAGUUGCUUCUGUUCCCAACCCCGACUCGAGGCUUCCACCUUUGUUCACGUUUAUUCAUGGUCCAGGUACGUCUGUUUAACCAUAUGUAUUGUUUUGUAAUCAAUGAAUUUUCUACUGUGCGAAAAACCUAAACCUUAACAUGAUAUGAAGAGAAGCAUCCCUGAUUCAGAUCCAGAAGAAAUUGAUGAUGAAUCGUUUGAAUUCUAUGAAGCCAAGAAUCCUACUACUUUAGAAAAUGUACCUUGGAUUGACAAGUACUCACCUCAAAAUCUGGGAGAAAUUUGUAUAAACCCCACGAAAUUGAAGCAGCUUCGACAAUUGAUGCAAGAUAUGAUAAGCAUCAAAACCAUCAAAAUGUUAGUUAUUGUGGGUCCCUCAGGAAGCUCCAAGUCUACGAGUGCCAAAAUAUUGGCCAAAGAACUAGUUGGGGGCUACGUGGAAUAUUCACUGGAUAUGAAGUUUGGUGAGUUCUUAAAUGACUGCAAGUAUUU